CCCCACCAGACCCACCACAACCACCAACCCCCGCGUUGUCUUUGUCCUCCAGCGCAAUCCGACUUCCACAUAAUCGCCCAGCUUCUCUACCACUUGUUUCUCAAAUAUUGACUCUUAGAUAUUUUGCUAUUUCUUUGUCCUUUUUCCCUAGCUACGCCGGCGCCUAUAUCUACGGCUCUCGAUUGAUCGGGCAUGUCAUUUUUUGGCUUCGAGCCCACUCAAAAUCCCCGCCAGCGAGGUCAUCCCUCCAGGGCACCCGGGUUUGGAGAGACUCCCGACCCUUUCGCUGGAUUGCAAGGAAAGUCGAUCGAUGAUGAUGAAGAUGGCAUUGAUUUUGAGGAUACCUACGAUGGGCUCGGCGAUGCCCUUGACGAGACUGACGAUGCAUUCAACGAUGACACUUUUGGCGGGACGAGCACUGAUCGAGACUUCGACUUCGCCGGUGCCACCGCGAAGGUAGCCGAAGUCAUCCAGGAAGAACAUGCGGUAUACACUCGGUCGAACACCAGGAAGCAGCCCGCAAAACCCGUAAAGACGGCGGCUGCGGCUAAGCCGACGUCGAUGAUGACCGAAACAGGACAGCUCCCCGCACUCGUGCCAGACAUGUCGUUGUGGGGAACCUCUCCCGUGCCAAUGCAGCAGGAACAGUAUCAUCAGCACCAGUAUGAGCCGACACCACCACCUGCUCCAGCGCUUGCAAUCCCGGGUAUGGGUAAAAGGUUUAUGAGUCUUGAGGAAGUGGAAGCUCAGAUACUGGCCAUGAGCCAAAAGCCGCCACCGGUCCAACCGCCGCUUCAGCAGCAGCAGCAGCAUUACCAAUCGCAAGGUCCUCCCAACCAGCCGAUGCACCAGUUCCAGCACCAAAUACCCCAGCACACCCCGUCUCCCAGCCACCAGGUGCCUCAGUUUGCGCCGCCGCCCGUUGAUCUGCGGGGAUUCCCGCAACAUCAGCUGCCUCCACACAUGCAGCAGAUGAUGCAUCAGACACAACAGUCGGCACAGCUUCCCCAGAUGCUUCCGGAUCGUGCCAUCGGACGGCAGUCGCCGGCGCCGCCGAUAACGGCGAUGCCGCCAAUGCUGCCCAUGCAACAGCAACGGGUGCCGCCGCGUGAGCAGGAUCCUGCCGGUGCUCCCCAGGGACGCAAUCAGUACGGAAUGGCCACACACUUGCCUGCUCAGCAGCUGCAGACUAUGUCGGAAACCGACCGUCUAAGAUAUCUGGAGGAGGAAAGCAAACGGUUGAAAAGAAACCACAAGAUCGCGCUACUUGCUCGGUAUAACGGCCUGAUGACCCCUCAAGACAAGAACUUCAUCCAGAGAAUACAGCUUCAACAACUUGUCUCCAUUAAUAAUGCAGAAGACAACGUUAAUGAAGACUUCUACUACAUAGUUCACUCCGCCAUCCGGGCCCGGUCAAACCCACAACAGCCAUUGAGUCAACUUGCCCAAACCUACCUCUUCCGCCAUGGCGGUCGGGGAAACAGGCGACAGGACAACCACUUGCAGCGCAUGGAGCAACAAGUCGCGCGUGCGGUGGCUGCCGCUAAGGCGAGACCGAAGGCCAGCCAGUUGGUUCUGGAGGGUAGUCUGGGGAAGAUUUCGUUCAGCAAUGUCAAGACGCCGAGGCCGAUGUUGAACAUUAAGAAGUCCGAAAGUGGUGUCGACCAGGGCAAGAAGGCAAAACCAUCUUUGGCCGACAGAAAGUCGCUACUGCGAGCCAUCGAGAAUGUCUAUGAUGCCCUUUUGGAACUGGAAAUCCACGAGCGAGACCAUUCGAAGCUGCCAGUCUUACCACCUGGACAAUCUCCGACGGAAAUGCACCAAGAAUGGUCAAACAAGCGUGAUCAAUUGGCUAACAAGCUCUACUCGGAGACCAAGAUCCAUCAACCAAUUGAUCUAGCCUCGCAUUACACGCACCCCUUCAUCGCUAUUCUGUCCUUCUCCAAGAUGAAGCGCGCCAUGCCACGAAUCUUCCGGCAUCUAGAUCAAGAGCAGCGUCUAACCGUUCUCACCAUGAUCGUCGUGCACCUCGACAUUUUGGAUGUCGUCAAAAACGGCAUCUACCGCCCCGAGGAGACUCAACUCCCCUCCGCGCACCGCGAAGAAAUAGAAAUCUUCGCCAAUCACGUGCUCCCUCCGCUGCUCGGAUACAUGUACGAAGCGUCCUACGAGAUCGUAUGCGGUCUCCUCAAGAUCAUGCUCGACCGCGUGGACCUGCAGCCAGUAUGCAUGACCAAAAUCGGCUUACAAUUCUUAACCAUGUUCCUCUCUCGCGCCGAGAUUCUGAAGCAGAGCGGACACCUAGACGACCACGCGCUCCAUGAGUGGCAGGGCGUGUACGACCGCUUGUUCAACACUCUCAACGGCCACUGGAAUAACUGCUUCCCGCCAAACGGAAACUUCUCGGAUGACCAGUAUGUCUGGCAGUUCCUUGCGAGCAUGGCCGUCGGCGCGAAUAUGUUGCAGCAGCAGACGCUGGUGUCGGCUGUAAAGGACCGCGUAAUGGAAAACGUUCAAGCAAGCAAGAUCCUCCCGCCGGAGAUCGGUGUGCAGAAACGUGAGAAUGUGAACCUUUUCAUGCGCGCGAUGGGGCUGGAUGUUGAUCUUUUGGGAUGAUGAUGUUCCCGUUUGUCUUGAUAGCUAAACAGACCGAGGUCUUCCGUUUUUUUAUGUGCCAGUUCUUUUUUUCUUCUUGUGGGUGUUUUUUGUUUCUUCUUCUUCUUCUUCUUCUUCUUCUUCUUCUUCUUCGGGGUGUGCUCUUGUUUGGGUUCGGCAUUUGUUACCCACCUUCUGUCUUGUCUGCGCGCAUUGUUUUGCAUGUGGUUUUUGGGGGAAGAGGAAAUGGGGGUUGAAUGUAUGUUCUCUACGUGUGUGUGUGAUGAGUAUACGGGUUGUAUGGAUGGAGGGAUUUCUCGCAUGGGAUGAGUAUGACAGAUAUGCUCUGUGGAUGUGUGUGUGUGUGUGGUGCAUGGAAAAAAGAAUUGAUGAGAGAGAGGCAGUCAUUGAAGCAUA